AUGAUAUGGAGUUUGACGAUGAUUUUUUGUUUGAACAAGAUAAAAUGGGUAUGAUAAUUACGUCCGGUAAUGUAACCAUAAGAAAAAAUCCCAGUAAUUUGAUAGGUAUCAGUAUUGGUGGUGGAUCUCCAUAUUGCCCUUGUUUAUAUAUUGUUCAAGUAUUUGAUAAUACCCCUGCUGCUUUGGAAGGAACUUUGCAGUCAGGAGAUGAAUUAUGUUCUGUUAAUGGAAUAUCGGUAAAAGGAAAAACCAAAGAAGACGUUGCCGCUAUGAUUCAAUCGUCUGGAAAUCAAGUAAGCAUCAACUAUAACAAGCUUCAUGCUGAUCCUCGUCAAGGACGGACGCUAGACAUAGCGUUGAAAAAAGUUAAACAUCGUUUAGUGGAAAGUAUGGGUAGUGCAACAGCUGAUGCUCUUGGAUUAUCCAGAGCUAUUCUGUGUAAUGAUGCUCUUGUUCAAAAACUUAUUACUUUACAGCGCACUGAAAGUUUAUAUAAAGAUCUAGUAGCUCAUGCUAAAUCAAUGUUACAUGCAUUUUUUGAUCUGAUACAAAUUCACAAAGUAUUCGGAGAUGCUUUUGUAUCAAUAGGAGUGCGAGAACCUCAACCUCGUGCCAGUGAAGCAUUCAGAAAAUUUGGAGAGCAACAUAGGCAAAUAGAAAAGUUUGGAAAAUUGAUGUUAAAGAUGCUAAAACCAAUUUUAAGUGAUUUAGGGACUUAUCUUCAUAAAGUGAUUCCAGAUACUCGGUUAACAAUCAGCAAAUAUGCUGACGCCAAGUUUGAAUAUUUAUCUUAUUGUCUAAAAGUAAAAGAAUUAGAUGACGAAGAACAGAGUUACAUCGCUCUUCAAGAACCAUUAUAUCGUGUUGAAACAGGAAAUUACGAGUAUAGAUUAGUUUUAAGAUGCCGACAAGAUGCUCGGUUAAAGUUUGCUAAACAAAGAUCAGAUGUUCUUGUAAAAUUAGAGUUACUAGAUAACAAACAUGUUCAGGAUAUCGUCUGGCAAUUUCAAAAAUUUGCUUCUAGUCUAUCAAGUUAUUAUUCGAAAACUCAAAGUUUAUUAUCUACCACAAGUUUAUUUCCGGUUGAAGUUGAUCUUACACGGUCUGCAUUUCAUUAUAAAUUGUCCGAACAACAAAUCGUAACUGAAGAAGAUCUCUACAGUGAUGCGGAAUUAAGAAACGAAGAUGAUGAAAACAAGAUAAAUCCAAUUCUAGGAAUAGACACUGAAUAA